AUGGAAAACAAUACCAACAGCAGCAAUGACAAUCUGAAGUCAGCAAAUACAUCUAAAAAUUCUACCAUGAAGAAUUCACAGCAGAAUCGUAAUUCUAAAUCUAGUGAGGGUAAAAAAGAUCGUGAGCAAGAUAGUGUUUCUUUGGAAAAGGGUUCCCAAAUGACUGCUAACGGUAAUGCGAAUAAAAAGACUGGUACUACAAAGAUUAGAAAUAAGAAAAAGGAUACUAAUCCCACAAAGAGUAAAAAUAGUAAAGAUCUAGAUAAUAAGAAAAGAAAGAAACAGAGUAAUAAUAACAGCCAUAGUAGUAAUGAUAAAAGACGAUCUUUAAAUGAUCAAAAAAAAAAAGACACACAAGAUAAGAAUAAUAAACAGUUUCAAGAUGAAUCAAAUAAAAAUUUAGUAAUGAAAUCAAAAUCAAGAUCGAAGGCAAAAUCUUAUGGUAAUACAAGUAAAAAAAAUUCAAGAAAUAAUAGUAAUCGGAGGAGGAGGAGAAACAGAAAUAAAGAUUCAGGUAAAAUACAGUUUAGAAUUGUUGUAAGACUAUUACCACCAAAUCUAGGUGAGAUUUCCUUUAUAAAUGAAAUUAAAAAGGCGUUGCAUAAUGAAAAUUUUGUUAAAGAAUAUCAAAUUGUGGAUUAUUACUUUGUCCAGGGUCAUUAUUCUAUAAAAGCUUUCAAUGAACCGACGUACUCAAGAGCUUAUUUCACAUCUUCAAAUAUGAAACAACUAGUUACUUUUACUGAGAAUAUUUCUAAUAUUGUAUUUGUUGACGAUAGAGAUACUGCAAUGAAACCAAGGAUUAGAAUGACUUCAUAUGUGAAGAAUUUAUCGAGAGACAGGGAUGUUGAGGCAGAUAUUAAAAAUUUAGAUGAAACUAUUCCCAAAAAUUUGAAAUCAAUUAAUAAAAAUAGUAAUAAUGGGAAAUCUUUAGAAGGUACUUUAAGUAAUGAUAAAAUAUAUCAAACUUUUUUGAAAUCUUUAUCUAUCUUGGAGACUACAAAGGAUUCAGAUUAUUUACUUGAUGGGUCCAUCAGUUUAUUGAGACCUUUAAAUAAAGAAUUGAUUAAACAGAAAAGAGUCAACGAUGGGAUUGAAAAGAAGAGAGAGAAUGCAUUAAUUGAAUUAGCUGGGGCUUUGAAAAAGGAUAAAAAGAAGAAGAAAAAGAAUAAGGAUAAAAAUAAGAAGAAGAAGAAAAAUGAUUUAUUAGACGGUCAGAGUUCUGCAAAGAAAGGGAAAAGAAGAAAGAAAAAGGCAAAGGCAAAGAAUUCAUCCAAUGGUUCAGAAGAUAAUCUUCAUUCGAAGCAUGGAUUGGAAAAGCAAAACAAGAAGGAGAGUAAGAAUAAUAAUAUAGUGAUUUUAGAAGCGGCAGGUAAGAAAGAAUUACAAAAGAGAAUGAGAUUACAAAGACAGAAAGAGAAGGAGAAGGAGAAGGAGAAAGAAAAAGAAAAAGAAGAAGUAAAGAUUCCGCAAAACAAUGGUGUUAUAAGUUCCAAAUUUAAUAUUAAUAGUCAACCUUUUGUUCCCGCUUCGAUUAGCAACACACCAAAGAUAAAUUCAUCACAGGUAACUCUUCUUAAAAGAGAAAAUGUUAUUUAA